AUGCCGUAUGGCCAUGAUGCCAUCCUGGCUAAAACUGGAGACCACGUUGAGACAUUCUCUACAUCCAGAGAGCAACAUCAGGAAGAUCACAGAGCUAGGAGGUCUCACCACUGCCCACAUUGUGAGGAGAUUUUCCCACUUCCAUCAAAACUAAAAAUACACCUAAAAAUACACACAGGAGAAAAGCCUUACUCCUGCUCUGACUGUGGAGCGAGUUUCUCUCGACUGGGCACUUUAAAACAACAUGAACGUAUACACACAGGAGAGAAGCCUUACUCCUGCUCUGACUGUGUAAAAUGCUUCACAACAUCAACUGAGCUAAAAGUUCAUCAGAGAAUACAUACAGGAGAGAAGCCUUACUCCUGCUCUGACUGUGGGGCGAGGUUCUCUCAACUAGGCAACUUAAAACAACAUGAACGUAUACACACAGGAGAGAAGCCUUACUCCUGCCCUGACUGUUUAAAAUGCUUCACAACAAUAACUGAGCUAAUAGUUCACCAAAGAACACACACAGGAGAGAAGCCUUACUCAUGCUCUGCCUGUGGGGCGAGUUUCUCUCGACUGGGCACCUUAAAACAACAUGAACUUAUACACACAGGAGAGAAGCCUUACUUCUGCUCUGACUGUGGAAAGAGUUUCUCUCAACUGGGCCACUUAAAAAGACAUGAACGUAUACAUACAGAAGUGAAACCUUACUCCUGCUCUGACUGUGUAAAAUGUUUCAAAACAUCAACUGAGCUAAAAGUUCAUCAUGGAACACACACAGGAGAGAAGCCUUACUCCUGCUCUGACUGUGUAAAAUGCUUUACAACAUCAACUGAGCUAAAAGUUCACCAAAGAACACACACAGGAGAGAAGCCUUACUUCUGCUCUGACUGUGGGGCAAGGUUCUCUCGACUGGGCACGUUAAAACAACAUGAACCUACACACACAGGAGUGAAGCCGUACUCCUGUUCUGACUGUGGAAAGAGUUUCUCUCGACUGGGUAACUUAAAACAACAUGAACGUAUGCACACAGGAGAGAAGCCUUACUCCUGCUCUGACUGUGGGGUGAGUUUCUCUCAUCCGGGCACCUUAAAACAACAUGAACGUAUACACACAGGAGAGAAGCCUUACUCCUGCUCUGACUGUGUAAAAUGCUUCACAACAUCAAAUGAGCUAAUAGUUCAUCAAAGAACACACACAGGAGAGAAGCCUUACUCCUGCUCUGACUGUGGAAAGAGUUUCUCUCAACUGGGUGACUUAAAAAGACAUGAACGUAUACACACAGGAGAGAAGCCUUUCUACUGCUCUGACUGUGGAGCGAGUUUCUCUCAUCCGGGCACCUUAAAACAACAUGAACGUAUACACACAGGAGAGAAGCCUUACUCCUGCUCUGACUGUGGGGCGAGUUUUUCUCGACUGGGCACCUUAAAACAACAUGAACGUAUACACACAGGAUAGAAGCCUUACUCCUGCUCUGACUGUGGGGCGAGUUUCUCUCAACUGGGUCAUUUCAAAAGACACCAAGGUGACCAGGUGAAUCCAGGUGAAAAACUAUGAACCAAAAUAGUGUCGUUUUUGUGUAUUUAUUAUGGAUCCCCAUUAGCUUUCAGUAGAAAACAAGAGCCUGCAGUUGCAGUGGGCUAAGGAAUGAAAACACUGGACACUGGAGAAUUUUAAAAACAUUGCCUGGUCUGAUGAAUCCCGGUUCCUGCUGUUUCAUGAUGAUGGGAGGACUAUGGGGCUUAGGGUGUGUUUUCAGGGCACACAUUGGGCCCCUUGAUAAAAGUUGAACAAUGUUUGAAUGCCACAGGAUAUCUAAACAUCAUUGCCAAUCUGGUGCCCCCCUUCACGGCAGUUGUGUAUCCAUCUGCAAAUAGAUUUGCAGGAUUAUCCCCCAUGCCACAAGGCUUAUCCAGGAAUGGUUCCAAGAAAAUGACAAGGAAUUCAGUUUACUGCAGUGGCCUGACGAGUCACCAGAUCUCAAUCCAAUUGUUCAUCUCUGGGAGGAGAUGGAAGGAGCUAUUCGGAGUAGAGAUCCACUCCCAGCCACAUUGACACAAUUGUGGGAAGCAUUGGAGUCAACAUGGGCCAGCAUCCCUGUGAACACUCUCAACACCUUGGACAGUCUAUGCCCAGACGACUUGAGGCUGUUCUGAGGACAAAGGGGGGUGCAACUCAAUAUUUGGAAGGUGUUCCUAAUGUUUUGUGCACUUGGUGUAUAUCAGAUAAAGAUCAUGGGGUGAUCUGUUUUUAGCAUUAGUUUGGGUGAAUUAUUUUAUAUUACUAAACAAUUGUGUUUAAUGAUAAACAGGCUAUGAAUCGAAUACUUGUGUUUAUUAAUUUGUCUUUUAAUACUAGAUUCAUUAUUUUAGUCAUUGAUGAUGAAUGUAUUUGAAUAACUGUAUUGAAGUUAAUUGAUCUGGCCUAGCGGUUAAGAGUGUUUGCCCAAUAACUGAAAGGUUGCUGGUUUGAAUCCCGAGCCGACUAGGUGAAAAAUCUGUCAUUGUGCCCUUGAGCAAGCCAAUUAACUCUUAUUUCUCCUGUAAGUCGCUCUGGAUACAAACAUCUGCUAAAUGACAAGAAUGUAAUGAAAAAUAAUGUUUGUACAUGAAUUCAUGCUGGGCAACCUUUUUUUCUCAUGUGUAUAAUUAAAUGAAUUAAACUAUAGUAUUUUUAGUGAAAUACUGUAUAUACAAUACACAACAUUGCCGCUUUGUUUACCCUGGAUAGAUGGACAGGACCAUAGUAGGCUAGAGCAGCUAAGUUAGAGUUAAUGUUAGUUAGCAUGCAAGUAUCCAGGCAGAGUUACUUAUGUUAGCCUAGAGAAAAUAUAGUUUGCGACAUUAACGGAAACUGAACAUUAAUAUAACAACCAUGUAAAAUUACUAACGUUUUCAAAAAUGUUGAUGCUUACAAUUAUCCUUGUGUCGUUGUGUUACUGUCUAGAGGAACACAUGUCGGGUGAAUGACAUGCUCUUUCUGCUACUCCCAGUUUUGAGACAUGACGGUUAUAAAUUGUAAUUAAUUCCAUUGUGAAAUUGUAAACUAAUGAUUUGAAAUUACAGGUAAUCUUCAGUCAUUCUGUCUAUAUCAGAACAUCUAACAAGAUAUUCGAUUUUUUUAAAAAUCAAUAUAUUUUAUUAUAUUGUGUAUAUAAUUUCGGAGCAGGGCACCUAUUAAAUAUGUUAUCUGGAGUUUUGUUAUAUAUUGAGGUUCAUCGUCUUGAGCAGAAGAUUCCAUGAGUAGUUGGAGCACUAAACCCUGUAGUAGAUGGAAAGAAGGAAGAAAGUCAAUCAGUUUUACUGCUGUUUGAAGAACAACUGCCUACUUCUGCCUACUUCCGAGGUAAAGUUGGUUUUAUAGUCACACAUUCUGACAUUCAACUGACAUUUGCAAAAAAGCCAUGAAUAAUUGUAUAAAUCUGUAACUAAUUCAAUGAUUGUCACAGAGAUAUAAAAAUUGAUAUGGUUUAUUCUAUAAAUGUCUAGCAUAUUUUUUACAACCUUUCUUUUGAAUACAAAUUCCAGUUUUGAUUUGAUAGAAAUAUAUCAAAUCUAUGAGAUGCCAUUCUUGUAAUGUUUGAUAUUACAACAUUUAUAUUGCUUGAAUACUUAACGAUGAUUAGCACCUCAGUUAUGUGUGCUUCUAUCAGGGUUCUGGUCAAAUGCAUGUCCUUUAAAGUAAAUUUAGCAAUUGAACAAAAAUCCAAUUCAAUUUGAAAAUGUUCCUAAUUGCAAAAGCCAGAAACAGAAUUUGGGUAUUCCAGAACUGUUGUUUACAUGUAAAUCAGCAUAACCCUGUUUUAUGUUUUUAAUACUGCAGAUAGAACGCUCUGUGUGCCAGAGAUGGUUUCAUUUAGCUUGUCUGGGGAUGACAAAGAAGGACUUCAACAAAGCCAAAAUAGAACAUUAUUGUAAGGGGCCCAUUGUUCUGUUAAAUUAGAGACGUAUAAAUAAAUGAUUGUUGUUCCUUGUAACUAUUUUAAAAUGUGGACCUGUUGCACUAAAAAUGCAAACAUUGAUUUGGCAUACGAUUUAAGAUUGUAAACAUUGUACAACUUUAUGUACACAUUGUCUAACAUCAUAUAGAACAAAUUGCACUUGAAAUUAACAUUUAUUUUAAAGUUAUAUUAAACGCAUAUUCUCACUUUUUUCUGAGACAAUCACUGAAUUAGUUAUUGAUUUCUUCAUCUUUAAAUGCAAUAUUUGAGAUUUUAUGUAUUUCUAUCAAAUAUCAAAUCAAAACGGGAAUUUCUACUCAAAGCAAAGGUUGUGAAAGUAUAAAUCAUACAUAGUUUGAUGUUUCUGUGACAAACGGUGAAUUAGUUAUUGAUUUAUACAGUUUUAAAUGAUAGGAACGGUGGGUUAACUACAUUGUUCAAGGACAGAACGAUAGAUUAAUGCUGUGUAAACUCGGGGAUUCGAUUCAGCAACUUUCCAACUACAUAGCCCAACGCUCUAACCACUAGGCUAUCUGUGAUGCUGGGAUAUAUAUCAUAUGCAGUGUGAGCUAUUGUGAAUAAGCAACUGCAGUUAUGAAAUUGAUAAAAGAAUGGCCAUGUUUCAAGUGUGUGCCGACGGAAUCUUUUAGGUAUUUAUUAGCAUCCCCAUUAGCCGCUGCAAAAGUAUCAGAAUUGUUCACUUCUUAAACUUCUCAAACCCGGCUUGGUCUGCUUCCCAAGCGUUCUCUGAAGUCUCGCGUUGUUACGUCUCUUGGUGUUUAGAAACUGGUAGUGGGAAAACAGGAAGUUCCGCGCAGGCGCACAUCAUUCUUCAGAAUAAAGGGUACGUCAGAAUUGUGCAGUCGAGACGACAACUUCUGUGUCCGUUUCUAAUGUAUUACUACUGGUAUGUAAUAGCACGUUAUAAUAUCUAAAUAACAUGUCAUAACAUGCUGGGUAACAAAUACGUCAAGGUAUUAUCAGGUUUGAUAAAGGUUUUAUGUGCUAUUUUUUUUAAAUGUCAAACCGCGUGAGUGAACGUGAUCACCUUUUUCAAGUCACAUAGUUAGAUACUUUGGUAGUCUGAGUGGAUGUAUAUAAUUUCGUCAAUGUAAUUUCAUAAAGGGUCAAUCUAUUUGAGAUUUCUGGGUUCGUUUUACAUGUCGUUUUUGGUUUUGUGUAAAAUUCGGGAGAUUGUAAAAUGGCGGAUCCCACUCGGUCUGCAUCAACGUACUUCAGUUCAGGCAGUGAGGGUGCAGCAGAGAGACAAUUUUACGGUUGCACUACUGUUUUGGAGCUAAAUGAUGAUGAUUAUCAAUCAGUUUUCUACAUAUGUACUAAUAGACAGAAACAGCUGAAUGUCUGAAUAUCUAUAAAUGUUACUAUGGUUGAACGGAAAUACUAUUGUUUUUUGAUUUAAAUAAUACAGGGAAGACAAGGUUAUUCAGGAAAAUAGUACAUAGUGCUGCCUAAAACAUACUGCAAACGUGUACUAAAUGUUUUUUUAGUAAUUUGUGCAUUUAUGCGAAUUCAGGAAAUCUACUGUAGAUUAAGUGCAUUUAGAGUUGUGUUGCCUAAUUUAAAGUGUAUGCUUUGUAUAAUGUGAAUUAAUUCAUGUUUUGUUGCCAAUGCUUAGCUACCAGAUCUAUUGAAAUCAGUGCUUGACUUGGACAGGAUCUCACCAGAGCUGAGUACCAGCACCUCAAAUUUCUACUGUUUGAGCUCAUGUUCCUCUGAUAGAAUAUUAGCUCAACAGUAUUGUGGAGCUCCUGCACCUAAAUAUAAACCAUAUUUUUAGAGAAUAAAGCAAGUCUUGCAGUUCUGGCACUAA